GGUAGUCAACUGUUUACUUCCGGCGGCCGCGGCGGCUGUGGCUGCAUCCCCGGCUGUUGUUCUCCCCAUCGGAGAGGAUGGCUCUGGAGACCGUACCGAAGGACCUGCGGCAUCUGCGGGCUUGUUUGCUGUGUUCGCUGGUCAAGACCAUAGACCAGUUUGAGUAUGACGGCUGUGACAAUUGUGAUGCAUACCUACAGAUGAAGGGUAACCGAGAGAUGGUAUAUGACUGCACCAGCUCCUCCUUUGAUGGAAUCAUUGCCAUGAUGAGUCCAGAAGACAGCUGGGUUUCCAAGUGGCAGCGAGUCAGUAACUUUAAGCCAGGUGUGUAUGCGGUGUCAGUCACUGGUCGCCUGCCUCAAGGAAUCGUGCGGGAGCUGAAAAGUCGAGGAGUGGCCUACAAAUCCAGAGACACGGCUAUAAAGACUUAGCAAGAUGCAGGGCAGCCGGCACCUUUGCUCGCCACCGCUUGUCUCUGCUUAUUUUCUGUUGUGGAAGUAAACAGGCAGAACUUCAAAUAUUCCCACUCUUCGACUCAGACUCAGCAGACUCUUGAGAGCAGCACAUCAUUUCCCCGGGCCCAUUCACUGUCUUUGGACUGCUGCUGGGGGUGGGAGGGGUUUGGGUUGGUGGAUCAACAGAGACUGAAUGGAGAGUAGGAUGCUGAUUUUCCUACCCAAGGCCAGGACUCUGGGUCAAAUGCCAAUAAACACAAACCCCUGCGUAUUUUUUAAGACGUAUUUAUUUGGAA